GAAGAUGACAACAUUCAGCAAGAACAGAUAUAAAUGAAAGCUGGAAGUUAAAGAGGAAGAAAAGGAGGCACAUGCGAUGGAUUAUCAGGAGUCUACAGAGACAGAUGGGGAAAAGCCAACAAUUAAGUGGGAGGAAUCUUCUCAAGAUAUCAGCACAGAUGGAUCCAGUAAUGGGAACCCACCAGAGAGAUGUCCCCAUCCUCUGUAUUCCUGGGAUUCCACGCAGGAAGAUCACACCAUCCCUCACCAUCAUCAGAUGGAUCCAGUCAUGGGAACCCACCAGAGAGAUGUCCCCAUCCUCUGUACUCCCAGGAUUCCACACAGGAAGGUCACACCAUCCCCCACCAUCAUCAGGUAGAUGGAUCCAGUCAUGGGAACCCACCAGAGAGAUGUCCCUGUCCUCUGUGUUCCCAGGAUUCCACACAGGAAGGUCACACCAUCCCCCACCAUCAUCAGCACGAAGAACAGAUGUAUAUUAAAGUCGAAGUUAAAGAGGAAGAAGAGAUGAGGGAUGGCCAGCAGUGUUGGGAGGAGGCUGGGAUAAAGGUGACAAAUAAACGGAAGGAAGCUUCUCUAGAUACCAGCACAGGUAAGUAAUGAACACUGCGGUGUACAUGGAAUAAAUGAGGACAAUUCUUGCAUCAUCGCGG